UAAAGUUUGUAAACAUUAAAAAUGUUUUGAACUUUUUAGCCGAAAAGAAAAUUUUAUUUUUUAUUGCUGUAUCGAAAUUGAAAUUUUCGAAUACACAUUUUCUCUAAAAUGUUAAAUAUUUAUGUGGUGUUAUGUAAAUUUUAAUUUCUUUGGAAUACAUUAUUUUAACAUUACACAUUUUCUUCAAGAUCGUUUCCACAAUUGGAAAAAAUUAUGACUUCAGUUCUGAAGGAUAAAGACAUUAAUAAUCGCAAAGUCAUUUUCAACUAUCCAUUAUUAAAAUUAUUGAUACUUCAGGAAUCUGAUAUGACAGAAGAAAUGAAAACUGAUACAAUGGACCUUUGUGUCUCUUCAUAUGAAAAGUAUUCUACAGACCAUGAGAAAGUUGCUCGCCUUAUUAAAGAAACCUUGGACCAGAAAUAUGGUGCUUCCUGGCAUGUUGUUGUGGGAGAAGCCUUUGGAUUCCAAAUAUCCCAUGAUGCAAAACAUUUAAUGUACAUGUUUUUAGCUGGGAACAAAGCAAUAUGUGUGUGGAAGUGUUCUUAAAUGCAUUGCCUUAUUUUUAUAGCUUUUAAUUAUUUAUUUUCAUUUCAUUUAAUAUGUACAUAUUGAGAUUAAAAUUAUGUUUAUACUUUUUUUUGAAUAAAAAUUGUUGAGCUUAGAAAAUAAA